AUGGGUGGCCGAGGACGCAUACCUCGCCAGUCGACGGCGAUUUUAAACCCAGCGCUCAGUGUACCAUCAACAGCUUCCUCGCGAUUGACGCUGCCUGCACCGGUCUGUUCACGGUGCUUGACGAGAUCACAGAAUCGAUCCUUGCACCUCCGGUCGAAGCGUCACUUCUCAACAUCAAAAGACCAGCAAUCAUGGGCUGCCGCAGUCCAAAAGAUCCAGGAUACUGUUGCGGAUGUCCUUCCCUCGACUGCUCGCCCGGCCACGGGCCACAUCACCGUCGACCCUCUCAAGAUAGUCGCGAAGGAGUUGAAGUUUCUUAGCAAGAACAUCCGGCAGCUGCUCGGCUCAGGACACCCGAUCCUCGACACGGUCGCGAAAUACUACACACAGAGCGAGGGAAAGCAUGUUCGGCCACUCUUGGUGCUGUUGAUGUCAAGAGCCACUGCUUUUGCGGCGAAGCAACCCCGGCCCAGAUACGAUGUACAACAUACCAUCUCGAGGAGUGCUAUCGACACACCCAUAACCUCUCCGUCCGUACUGUUCGACAAGAAUCCGGACCAAGCACAUCUCAAUGCUACCCCAGCUCUGUCGCCGUUAAUGGACAACCCAACCGGGGGAGAAUACGCCUUCCCGAACGACCCUUCGAUUCUCCCGUCGCAGAGGCGACUGGCAGAGAUAACCGAACUCAUCCACACGGCCUCUCUCCUGCACGACGAUGUAAUAGACCACUCUACCACCCGCCGCUCGGCACCCUCGGCCAACACCACCUUUGGAAACAAGAUGGCUGUUUUAGCAGGCGACUUUAUGCUCGGUCGCGCCUCUGUUGCGCUCGCUCGGUUACGCGAUCCCGAAGUCACCGAACUACUAGCAACUGUGAUUGCAAACUUGGUGGAAGGAGAGUUCAUGCAAUUGAAAAACACCGCAAGUGACGAGAAGAAUCCCAGCUGGAGCGAACAGACCAUUUCGUAUUAUCUGCAGAAGACAUAUCUGAAGUCAGCCAGCUUGAUCAGCAAGAGUUGUCGUGCAGCAGCACUGUUGGGUCAAUGCGCCCCGAACGUCGUCGAGGCAGCGUACCAGUAUGGCAAGAAUCUGGGGCUGGCGUUCCAGCUCGUGGAUGAUAUGUUGGACUACACCAUUAGUGGCACCGAGCUCGGGAAGCCGGCGGGUGCAGAUCUGGAACUUGGCUUGGCGACUGCGCCCUUGUUAUUCGCCUGGAGGGAUAGGCCCGAGUUGGGCGUUUUGGUAGGGAGGAAAUUCGCCGAGGAAGGCGAUGUACAGAAGGCACGAGAUAUUGUCUCACAAAGCGACGGGCUUGAGCAAACGCGUGCUCUCGCGCAAGAAUAUGCCGACAAGGCUAUUUCGUCCAUCAGUUCCUUCCCAGCUGGCGAGGCCAAAGAAGGCCUGGAGGAGAUGUGUGUGAAGGUUAUGAAGCAAUGCAGUGAGGAGAAACCACAGUGCCAAAGAUGCCUCAAGCUUGGGGUGCCCUGUCCGGGGUACAAGAUCCUCAAGGCACGCAUCUUCGAGCUUCGACCGAGCACGAGUUCGCCGUUCGAGUCCGAGGUCGACAAGUCGAGCCACGACUAUUUCGUCCACGUGGGCCAUAAGAUCCUGGCGGCCUACCAGUUGAACUCGAUGUUGUUCUGGUCUCGACUGGCACCGCAGCUGGGCGAGCACCACGCUGCGGUCCGGCACGGCUUGACUGCCCUGGGCGCUCUACAGGCGCCGGUGCAUACUGUAGCAUUUCGCCGGGAAAACAAAAUGCAAUCGACGCCACAACCCGAAAUCACACCCCUUGCCAUGCUGCACGUGCAGAAGUCGAUGCACAUGAUCCGGACGGCUGACCCGUCCAGCUUGCCUGUCGAGGUGUUUCUGGCGUGUUGUUUGCUCUUCACGGCCAUGCAGUUCUGGACCGAGAAGACCUCGUCGGCAACCACGCACGUUCUGGCGGCGAACCGCAUCAUGCGGGAGAAUUUGGUCCCAGGGACUUCUGCACGGGCACCUGGUUCGACCAUGUCCGUUGAAUUUGCCGCCGUCUAUAUCCCGCUGCUGAACGAGAUGAUCAACCAGCAUUGUGCCUUCUCCGACGACUACCCCCCUCCCGAGUCUGGUAUCCUCGCGGAUCACCAAUUGGAUUUUGACGUACAGCAGAUAGACACCGUUUCUGACAAGGCCGGCCUUGUCGAUGCGAUUGACCGGCUUUUGACGUGUAUUUUGCGCGCCACCAGCGAGACCCUGAUACCACAACCCUUGAAGAACAAGAUCGCCCUUGCGCUGAAGACCUUGGAGGGUAGGCUACAGGAACUGUGCAGGGCAGGGCUCUUGAAGCAUGACAGCUACGACUGGACGCACCUCUAUCUCCUUCUACAGGUGGCGCGGGUGAUGUUCCUUACCCUGAGCCGCCAGGACGAAGUUGGCUUCGACGGCUUCCACGCCGAGUUCGCGCAGAUCCUCGCGCAUUGUAGGAGGAUGCUCGAGUCGAACGCCGCUGCACCCGUGGAAAAGACUCUGAGCGCACACCUGGGUUGGGUGUGCUACCGCCGCUGUUCUUCGUCGCUACGAGGUGUCGGGUACCAGGUCUCCGUCACGAGGCUUUGA